UAGCGUCUACGCUUCGUUAGUCCAAAGCGAGAGAGCCACGAGACAGCGAGAGUCUAGUCUGAGAACGCUUCUUCUCCUUUUUUUUUUCAUUUUCUUGCUUUUUUUCCGUGGAAGAAGAAACUGCGUUUCUACGACUCGGCCGUAACAGACGCGUGACGCACGUGUCUUAUCACCGAUUCUCGAGCGGAAGCGAUCUUGCAGCAGCUUUUGAAGCAGCAUCGCCGAAGAGAAAGACACGCUCCAGCUCACGAGGCGCCAACGAGAGAGUUCGCCGACGCGCAUCAUAGUCCCGCACUCCGACGUUAAACGUCGUUGAAAACACCGACCGACGCGGAUCACCGCAAGGGGUACCAUGGAUCUCGUUUACAUACCGGAGGUGUUUACCUACGGGUACUCGAGGAAUCCGCAGUACCGCGACUACGAGCAGCCGUGGAACAAGGACUACUUCAAGUGCAAUAGCAGCAAAAAAUCAGAGGCUCAACGAAGCGUGCAGCCACAAUUCAAAGAAAAUUGUCACUUGUGCAAAGAAAUGAAAAGGAGAAACUUGGCGGUUUACAUAAGAAGUAAAUCACGAAGCGAUUCUUGUCACGAAGGGAUCGAGGAAGAAGAGGAGAACGACGUAACGCACAAUGAGAGAAAAGUCGCAGAUGCCGACCAAAAUAAGCCUGCGAAAUCGUCACGCGGCGCAGAGAAAUCAUAGCCUUUUAGUAUUACAUACGUAUUAUUUACGUGGUCACGACAAUAAUAUUAAGUUUUAUAUUACGAUAAUAUUAAUUUUGUAUUAUGAUAAACAUAACACGCAGAUGUAAAUACGCGUACGUACGUAACGGAAUUAUUUCCUAGCUAAGCUAAUAUUAAUUUUACGUUUACGACUACCCGUUUCUGAAAAUACGUUAUGGAAAACGACGAAAUCGUUGAAUCAAAUUUCUUGAAAUUACAAUCUCUUGUAUUUUACCGCAUUCACAUGCAUCACGUUAUUUUUUUUUUUAAUUAGACGCAUAAAUUAAAUAUAUAAAUAGGAAUUAACUAGAUGUUAUAUCCUUAACAGCAAGUGUAAGUUAAUUGAAUUUCCAAACAGAACUAGAUUUAUACCGAAGCAUACAAUGUAAACAGGUAUAUUUUAUCAUUACUGCUCUGUAUUCUUUUAGUUAUACGCUGCAAAAUUUUCGUCGGAAUUGAUUAUACGCUAACGUAAUCGACUAGUUGUUUAACGAAUAUCCGUGUAAAUAUGAAUGUAAAUACGCUCCUACAAAUGUCAAUUCCCACUAAGACUCGAAUUUUAGAAAUCGUGUUGAUGCUGACACAAUAAUUUGUGCAAGCAUGAUAAUUUAAUAAUAUAAUGCCUUAUGCUACUAUUAAAAAAAUAAAAAAAGAAAAUAUAAUCAGUACAAAUUACAAAGUAAUUUUUGAAUCUGUUAUAUUGUUUGGGAUGAUAAGAGAAAAUAUAUUUAGAGUGCAUUUUGGCAACUUUGAAAAAAAUCGAAGUUAAUAAAAUUGAUAAAAUAAAGUCAAAUUGAUUUAAAACUUUAAGUUCAUUGAAACAAGAAAACCUAACACAAACUGCUUGAUACAUAAGACUGAAUACACAAUAUAAUUGUAUUAUUUAAGUAUAGCGAAAUAAGUUUAAAUAUACAAAUUUAGAUAUAUAAUUGUCAUUACACUAACAUGUGUAGCACGAUAAUAUACAAUGUACUUAGUUUUCAGAGAUAUAUUAAUUUUUUUUAUUAUAAAGAUGAAAAAAUUGGAUUGGAA